GUCGUGACGUAAGGAGACCGGAAGACGUGUGCGCUUGUCAGUGCCAGCGAGAGAGAAGAAGCGUUGAGUGGUGUCACUGCUGAAACCGCAUUAAAGACAAGAUGGCAGCGCUGCCCCGCAGGAUCAUUAAGGAGACCCAGCGUUUGCUUGCUGAGCCUGUCCCAGGUAUCAAAGCUGAGCCGGAUGAGGGGAACGCUCGCUACUUCCAUGUGGUCAUCGCUGGUCCUCAGGACUCCCCUUUCGAGGGGGGCACAUUUAAACUUGAACUCUUUCUUCCAGAAGAAUAUCCUAUGGCAGCUCCUAAAGUACGCUUCAUGACCAAAAUAUAUCAUCCCAAUGUAGACAAGUUGGGAAGAAUAUGUCUAGAUAUUUUGAAAGAUAAGUGGUCUCCAGCCCUGCAGAUUCGUACAGUGCUGCUAUCAAUCCAAGCAUUACUAAGUGCACCCAAUCCUGACGAUCCCCUAGCAAACGAUGUUGCAGAGCAGUGGAAGCGCAAUGAAGCCCAAGCCAUAGAGACAGCCAAGACAUGGACCAGGCUUUAUGCUGAAGCGUAGAGUGGUGUAAGAAGCGGAGAAACAAGUGGAAGUCAAGUGUGAACACAACUCCUCAUGUUCUGCCAAGACCUCUUCCUACUUCAUUCGCAUUUAAAGGACACAGUCUUAAAAAUAUAUAUAUAUAUAUUAUAAAACAAACAUUGAGGAUAUAUUGUAAAGGAAAAAAGACAACUGCUGACAAUUGGUGAUUUAAAUGCACACUAGAGAAAAAAAGACUUGUCUUUGUCCUAAAUCACUACUGUUCAGAUGCAUGGGCAGAGGUUUUAGAUCUACUCACCUGGCUUCUUUUCGUCCAUUGAUUUUGGGAGGCUUUCGCCAACCUCUGCUUUAACAAGCGCAUUUUCGGGGGUGGGUAUCAUGUGUAUGUCCCACUUUUUUGCGGGGGGAGGGGCAAGUGGGAAUGGCAGGGAGGGAAGAGAGGCUGGAUCUUGUCAGCAUAGUAUACUUUUUACUUUUCUUUUAACUUUGCUUUCUUUUGUUGCUGGUUUGUUUGGUAAAAGCAACAAACUACUAGCCCAUUGUAGACACGCCGCCUGUGGAGACAGACCACGGACUGUGUAGAAUGCCCAGCAGGACACCUCAUCAAACCAUAGCCCUGGUUUUUCUGUUUUAACCACAUAGCACUCCAACAUCGUAAUUAAAAAUGAUAUGACUAAAGAAACAUCAUCUGAGCCUGUCACCAUCACCUUAACGUUUGUGAACGUUUUCAGCGUAGACCUUAGUGUUAGCAUGUGACCAGUGUGGUGCUGCGGUCAAGAGGGUAUGUUGGGCGUAGGCUGGGAGGGAACGGUGUCUGUAUUUUGUUGUCAUAUCAGAUCCUCUGUCUCAUUUGGAUCUUUUCACGCCAUCGCCCUGCUAAUGACUCUGCGCUCCUCUGUCCGUCGUCACGCACCCGUACUGGAGGACUCGACAGGUCACUUCCUCCCAGCUGGCAUUUGUCUCACGAAAUAAGAGUUGCAUUUGAGUCGUCACUUGUUUGAUGGUGUAAGCAGCGGCUUGGGUAGGGAUGGGAGGGUGGGGGCGGCACAGUUGGGGAUGGGGGUCUUUUGGGUUGGGUUCGACGGAACUGGCCUUCAGAGCAGACAUCGGGUCAAUGCAGGAUCAAAUUCCUAAGAGAUCAAUGAAGGCUUUGUGUCUCACCUGUUAGCUUGGUCUGUGGUUGAGAAGUCUGUAUUAAAUCCAAUGUUUGAAAAUUCAUUCUUUCUAUUAAUCUGGGGAGGAAAUAUUUUCCCGCUCUCAGAAUGCUAUGGAAACAGUCCACCUGCAUACCUUUUUUUUUUUUUUCUGUAAAUAAAAUCUGUUGAUU